UUUCUCUUACAAGCUAAAUGUUACAUUUCCACUCACAGAAAGGUACUGCUGUGUGGCCAUAAAAAGCUGGCCAAAACCCUGUCACCUUUUGCAGUUAGUCAUGUUAUUUUUGGUUUGUGCCAGCACGCAGCACAGCUGUGACUCAACAGAACCACUGAAGCAAGAAUUUGGAGUUGAAAGACCUCAACCCCAGCAAGCACUUUUUUUUCCCUUGUGGGUCAUUACGCAAUGUGUCUUUUUGCUUACCUUUCCGGGUCUUCCCUGCAUACACACGAGUUGGGCUGUCAUUUGGAAGAUGAAAUCUCUGAGUUGUGUCAACACCUUCCUCAGAUCCCACUGCAGGCUCAGGCUGGGGAGCUUUCCUUCUUGGAUGUUUGUUUUACUGGAGUACGACAAGGAGUUCUCCCCACGCCAGCGACACCACAAAGAGUUCAAGUUCAACUUAUCCCAGAUUCCUGAGGGUGAGGCGGUGACGGCUGCAGAGUUCCGCGUCUACAAGGACUGUGUUGUGGGGAGUUUUAAAAACCAAACUUUUCUUAUCAGCAUUUACCAAGUCUUACAGGAGCAUCAGCACAGGGACUCUGACCUAUUUUUGUUGGACACCCGUGUAGUGUGGGCCUCAGAAGAAGGCUGGCUGGAAUUUGACAUCACAGCAACCAGCAAUCUGUGGGUGGUGACACCACAGCACAACAUGGGGCUCCAGCUGAGUGUGGUGACUCAGGAUGGACUCCACGUCAACCCCCGUGCCGCGGGCCUGGUGGGCAGAGACGGCCCUUACGACAAGCAGCCCUUCAUGGUGGCCUUCUUCAAGGUGAGCGAGGUCCAUGUGCGCACCACCCGGUCAGCCUCCAGUCGGCGUCGGCAGCAGAGUCGCAACCGUUCCACCCAGUCACAGGACGUGUCCCGGGGAUCCAGUGCUUCAGACUACAACAGCAGUGAAUUAAAAACAGCCUGCAAAAAGCAUGAGCUGUAUGUGAGCUUCCAGGACCUGGGAUGGCAGGACUGGAUCAUUGCACCCAAAGGCUAUGCUGCCAACUACUGUGACGGAGAGUGUUCCUUCCCACUCAAUGCACACAUGAAUGCCACCAACCACGCCAUCGUACAGACCUUGGUUCACCUUAUGAAUCCUGAGUAUGUCCCCAAACCAUGUUGUGCACCAACUAAGCUGAAUGCCAUCUCGGUUCUUUACUUUGAUGAUAACUCCAACGUCAUCUUGAAAAAAUACAGGAAUAUGGUUGUGAGAGCUUGUGGAUGCCAUUAAGCUGAAGCCAGGUGUGGGAGUGACUCUGCCUUGGAUUCCUAACUAAAUCUGCCUUAAAACCCAUGAAGAAGCACAGUGAAAGGGGGAUGAUGGCCCUCUGGAAGCAUCUCCUGCUGGUGCCUUAGCCCAAGGGGGAUUUUAUGAGGACCUUGCUGAUGACUUCCCAGUUCACAACUGAGUCAGGAGUUGUAAUGCUUUCAGAACAGGCCUGGGAACCGCAGACGCAUGCCUGAGCUCACUUCCCAGAGUCCCACCCAGACUAGUUUUAGCAUUUAGAUCUAGCUGUUUGUGGUAUGAGUAGAGAAUAACCUUGAAGGAAUACUAAAUAUCCCUGGCUGAAAGGGCAGCUGGUUCAAUAGCACCCAUGACUGGGAGAUAGUGCAGUUAACAGAAUGGAGGGAAAGAGAGAGCUCUGUCAGAUUGCAUUCCCAGCAAGACCAGCUCACCCAAGACCUGCAUCCUGGCCAUCAACACGCUCUGUGGAGAUGCCUUUUGUCUGCUGUUGCAGUUACAUGUUUUUGUUGACUCUUGGUGGUGUGAACAUAUACUAAUUUCAGUCAAACCAAACAGUAGCAUUUCUACACCUCCCUCAGUUCCUGAAUUCUUUACUAGAACGCAAAGCAGAUGGAUCAUACUUUGUGGUAGGGCCAUGAAGCAUCUGCAGUAGCCUUUAUCUAAACCACAUAACAGCAGAAAGUGACUCCACACCUCUUAAGCAGACUGGGUUGGCAAGCUCUUUAACAUCAGGAACACUGGCUCCAACACACCAGCUCUCUCCUAACUCUGUUCUUUGCCUUUUUCCUACAGUAGCAUUCCAUGGCUCAGGGCUAGUCAACAGCAGAAACCCACAGAGGAAGGGCCCCUGGCCUCUAAGAAUGGGUCUGUCGAGGUGAGCAUGCUGUUUGUGAACCAAAACCACGAUUUCCUCUUGUAGAAAGUAAGCCUCAAAUUAAAUCGUAGAAUAUUUUUUAGAUAUCUUUUUCAUAAUCAUGUACUGGGAAGCCAAUUUCAUACUAAACUGAUUAAAUAAUACAUUUACAAUCUG